AUGAUAGAGAUUGCAGAAACAUUACCAAUUAUCGAUAUUUCUUUAAUGAAAGAUGAUUCGCAAAGAGAUAAGAUAGCAGAUGAAAUCGAAAAAGCUUGUAGAGAAUUUGGAUUCUUUUAUAUUUCAGGUCAUGGAAUUAGUCAAGAUUUAAUUCAGCGUUUAGAGGAUUUGUCAAAAAAGUUUUUCGCAUUAAAAGAAGAAAUUAAAAUGAAAUGGAGAAUGGAGCUUGCUGAAAAAGCAUGGCGUGGAUAUUUUAUUGUAGGUGGCGAAUAUACAUCUGAUUUACCAGAUGCUAAGCAAGGUUUAUAUUUAGGCAGUGAGUUGGAUGAUGACCAUGAAAUGGUAAAGAACAAUACCCCAAUUCAUGGCAAAAAUUUAUUACCAAGCGAUCAAGAAGAAAAGGAAUACGAUAUCGAAGGCUUUAGAAAAACAAUUUUUGAAUAUAUGGAUCAAGUUACUUUAUUAGGUCAUUCAGUCAUGGAGUUAAUCGCUUUAAGUUUAAAAUUACCAAGAAAUUAUUUUAAUGAAAAAUAUACAAAAGAUCCAUUAAUUUUAUUCCGUAUUUUUAAUUAUCCAUCAUUUAAAGGAGAAGAAACAAAUAAUUAUAAAUGGGGUGUUGGAGAGCAUAGCGAUUAUGGUCUUCUUACUCUAUUAUACCAAGAUAAAGUAGGUGGUUUACAAGUACGUGCUAAAAAUGGCUGGAUUGAAGCUCCACCAAUCCCAGGUACCUUUGUUUGUAAUAUUGGUGAUAUGUUAGAGCGUCUUACCCGUGGUAACUAUCGUUCAACUCCUCACCGUGUAAGAUUAAAUACAUCAGGUGAAACUAGAAUUAGUUUCCCACUCUUUUUCGAUCCACACUUUAAUAGUUUACCAACUGCUAUUGAAGGUUUACAAGAUGUAGAAAAUCAAGAUGAUAGUGCCACAAGAUGGGACCAUGUUAACCUUCAUAAUAAUACAACUUAUACUUAUGGUGAAUAUCUUUUAGGGAAAAUUGGCAAGGUAUUCCCAGAUUUAAAGAAAAAGGUUUUAUAA